AGCUGACUGCGGUCUCGCGGCGCGUGUUAGCCGUUAGCGGUUGCUCGAACAUGGCGGACUCAAUCAGGGACCCUCCGGCGGAGAACACCGACUUCCAGGAGCUGGAGGACGGGGAGGACCUGCUCUCGGAGUCGGCUGCCGCGCGGGAGUCUCAACCAGCCAGUCUGCCUGCUGUGGACAUCAGCACCAAGUCAAAUGGGCCGAAACAGGAAUCACUGUUUGAUGAGGACACGGAGGAUCUGUUUGCAGAGGCCACAGAGGAGGUGUCGCUGGACAGUCCAGAGAGAGACGUUUUGUUAUCUGAAGGACCCUCCCCCGCCAUCACCCCCAUCACUCCGCCCAUCUCAGUCAUCAGCCCUCGCAUCGGCCACGCCCACGACGACAUGUUCACCCACUCUUCCUUUGAUGAGAUUGAAGAAGAGGAGGGCGGGGAUUCUUUCGACAUUCACAUAUCUGUGUCCGACCCAGAGAAAGUUGGUGACGGGAUGAACGCUUACAUGGCCUACAAGGUGACAACUAAGACCUCCGUGGCGCUUUUCAAGCAGAGGGACUUCUCGGUAAAAAGGCGCUUCAGCGAUUUUCUGGGUCUGCACAGCAAACUGGCCUCGAAAUACUUGCACAUCGGAUACAUCGUUCCUCCUGCGCCGGAGAAAAGCAUUGUGGGGAUGACGAAGGUGAAGGUGGGGAAGGAGGACCAGUCGUCCAACGAGUUUGUGGAGAAGAGGAGGUCGGCUCUAGAGAGGUAUCUGAUGAGAACGGUGAAGCAUCCCAUCCUGCUGAAGGAUCCCGAUGUGCUGCAGUUCCUGGAGAGCUCAGAGUUGCCGCGGGCCGUCAACACUCAGGCUCUCAGCAGCGCCGGGAUCCUGAGGAUGGUCAACAAGGCCGCCGAAGCCGUCAACAAAAUGACCAUCAAGAUGAACGAGUCUGAUGCUUGGUUCGAGGAGAAGCAGCAGCAUUUUGAGAACCUGGACGCCCAGCUGAGGAAGCUUCAUGCCAGCGUGGAGUGUCUGGUCUGCCAUAGGAAAGAGUUGUCUGUAAACACGGCACAGUUUGCCAAGUCGGCGGCCAUGCUGGGAAACAGCGAGGACCACACGGCCCUGUCUCGAGCUCUGUCCCAGCUGGCUGAGGUGGAGGAGAAGAUCGACCAGCUGCACCAGGACCAGGCCAACGCAGACUUCUACCUCUUCUCCGAGCUGCUGGGCGACUACGUCCGCCUAAUCACCGCUGUCAAGGGGGUGUUUGACCAGCGCAUGAAGACGUGGCAGAAAUGGCAGGACAGUCAGAUGCUGCUACAGAAGAAGAGAGAAGCCGAGGCCAAACUUCAGUUCACCAACAAACCAGACAAACUACAGCAGACCAAAGACGAGAUCAAGGAGGAGAUUGAGGAGCUGGAGGGGAAGGUCCAGCAGGGCGAACGAGACUUUGAGCAGAUAUCUAAAACCAUCCGCAAAGAAGUCAGCAGGUUUGAGAAAGACAGAGUGAAGGACUUUAAAAUGAGCAUAGUUAAAUACCUGGAGUCACUGGUUCAGACUCAACAGCAGCUCAUUAAGUACUGGGAGGCCUUCUUACCCGAGGCCAAGGCCAUCUCAUAGUCUGCACACCAGAGAGGCACUGAAACUACACUACCCACGAUGCACCUGACCUCUCCAGACCUGCAAAAGAGUGAAGCGGCAGCAGAGAGACUUCCCAGCUUUCCAAGACAAAUGUUCAUCAUCCUGUGUGAUUCUGCGUGACCUCCGUUCACGGCCUCCAUCAUGACUCUUUUCUUUUUCCCUGGAAAAGAUGAAAAAUGGAGGUGUUUGUUUGAUUUACCUGAAUUAUGAAGAGCAAGUCCACAUAAACAACACUGUUGUUUCACGUUUGAAGAUACUGGUUGUAAUCGAAUGCUCAUGUUUCAAAUGUUGUGUUAAAUCGACCAAAUCAUUUCUUUUCGUACAUAAUUUUACCCGUCUUCAGUUUUAUUUUAGAUGAAGGUUUUCACAGCUUUUACUCGAGCAGCUUUUCCAGUCACUACAUUACCCAUGAGCACUGGCAGAGGAGGGCUGAAAAACCUUACUCAGCAAACUUUUAAACCUCAAGCUUGAAGUUUCUUUCUUUUCUGCCCAGCAACAUAGUCCUUGUGUUCUCUGAUUGGCUGUUUCAGAUGUCUUUUGCCCCAGAACAUCUGGCAGCUCCACAGCUGGCGAUGAAAGUCUUGCUGUCUCAUUAUCUUUGUUUUUUUCCCCCCUCUUGUAUCAGCUGAUUGCUCUCCACACUUCCUCUCUGACUUUCAUAAUAAAAGGCAGCAUUGUUACUGUAUGACUGAGUUACUUUUCCUCCCUUUUUUCUGUUAUUGUAGCAAUCAGAAUCUGCCUGCAGUCUUUUUUAUCUCGGGUCCAGAUCGUAGGAUCGGAGCAAAACUCAAAACUGAACGGGAGGGGUGGCGGGUGGUCAUGGGACAAGGGGUGCGUCUUUCCUGAUUUCUGUCUCAAAGAAAAAAGAACGCAAUUUCAUAUUUGAUCAAAACUGAACUUUUCAGGUUCAAAUUUUUCUCUGCCUCCCUUCAGUCGUCUUCAUCACUGAUUUCUGCCUUUUUUUUAACGUAUGUAUCCUGUCUGGUUCUUCUUUGCUAUGAUUUGUCUUUGAUUUGCGACGUGAUUUUGUUUUUCUUAUUUCGAAUGUGACAUUCCUGCAGCACAGCUGAUGGACAACUUUAAUAAAGGAAUAAAUGUCCUCAA